GUACGCCAUUCCUCCAGAGCACGGCAAGAGAUUGGAACGCCUGGCGAAAGGAUUUUUUCCGGGAAGCUCUCAGGGCUGUGAUGCUUUCCUCCGUCACAAGAUGACCCUCAUUUCGCCCUCGAUCUUAAAGAAGUACGGCAUCCCUUUUGACCGGAUCACCCAGGAAGCUGGAGAGUUCAUGAUUACAUUUCCUUAUGGUUACCAUGCUGGCUUCAAUCAUGGCUUCAACUGCGCCGAGUCUACCAACUUUGCCACUUUGCGAUGGAUUGACUAUGGAAAAAUGGCAACUCAAUGCACUUGCCGCAAAGACAUGGUGAAGAUUUCCAUGGAUGUCUUUGUGAGAGUCCUGCAACCGGAACGCUACGAUUUAUGGAAACAAGGAAAAGACAUUACUGUGUUGGACCACACCAAACCCACGGCUGUGACGAGCCCAGAGCUCGAUGCCUGGAAUGAGACGAAGACCGAGCUGAAGUCGAAGCUGCUUCGCAGGAUAGGAGAUGAGGAAGAGGACAACAAGCACCGGUCUCACCGUAAAAGGAGUCAACCCAGAAGACAUAAAACAGAGGAUCAGAAGUCUCUCGGGGAUGUCAUGGCUAUUGAAACUGCCUUGGAAGAUGUGAAAGUAAAAGAGGAGCUGAAGAGGGGGCCAGAUCUGGAGGAAGAGGAGAGAAGCAAAGCGAUGGAGGGAGAAGGUGAAUGCAAAGUGAAGGCCCGUCCUCCAAAAAUCAAAAGCGAGAGGAAGAAGAAGCACCUUUUCCCUCAACACCAGCACCAUCUGCAAGCGGCUCAGCUCCCACAGCCGCAGCCACCGCUGCCACCACCGCCCGCGCCGCAGCAGCAGCUGCCCGGGGACGAGGUGCCAGCGGCCCGGCCACCGGCGGCCCUAGCAAUACCCACACUGGCCAUGGCGGAAAAGAGCUCGCCCCCGCCUCCCCUGAACAUCAUCCAGCCCUUGGAGGCACCAGUUGAGGAAGACGACUUUAAACCUCGGCCCAUCAUUCCCAUGCUGUACGUGGUUCCACGGACCAAAAAGGUGGUGUUCGACAAGGAGCGCAUGUCCUGCCAGCAGGCGUUCGAGCAGUUCGCCACGCAGAAGAGUCCCGGUUGGCAGGAGCAGGCUGUCCCCAUGGAGAUCUCUGUGAAGGAGGAGGAGAAUGCAGAAUCGGAGAAUGCAGAGGUUGCUUCAGAGGUCAGUGAUUUACAGGGGUGCAUGACUGAGGAGACCGCUUCUGCUUUUUCAAAGAUGAAGAUGGAGAUAAAGAAGAGCCGUCGCCAUCCGCUCGGCAAACCGCCGACGCGCUCCCCGUUGUCAGUGGUUAAACAGGAGACCUCGAGUGAUGAGGAAACAUUUCCAUUUUCUGGGGAGGAAGAUAUGAGUGACCCGGAGGCUUUGAAAUCGUUACUUUCCCUCCAGUGGAAGAAUAAAGUGCAUAAUUUCUCAGCUGAAAGAAAAUUCAAUGUAGCUGCAGCCCUGAGUGAGCCAUACUGUGCUGUUUGUACCCUCUUCUACCCGUACAAGCAGUCCUUACAGAUGGAUAAAGAAGCUGUCCCAGUCUCUCCUGGGGAGACCUCCUCUUUCGUCCACCUUUCUAAAUGCGGACAGAAGACCAAGCCCCUGAUCCCGGAGAUGUGCUUUACCUCGAGUGGGGAAAACACAGAGCCCCUUCCUUCAAACUCGUACAUUGGAGAAGACGGAACCAGUCCCUUGAUCUCCUGUGCCAAGUGCUGCCUGCAGGUUCAUGCCAGCUGUUACGGGAUACGUCCAGACUUGGUGAAUGAGAGUUGGUCCUGUGCACGGUGCUCAGCCAACGCCUGGGCAGCGGAAUGUUGUCUGUGUAAUCUCAGGGGAGGAGCUCUUCAGAUGACCACUGACGGGCGGUGGGUCCAUAUAAUCUGUGCUAUUGCUGUCCCUGAGGCCCGUUUUCUCAAUGUAAUAGAGCGUCAUCCUGUGGACAUCAGCGCUAUUCCAGAGCAGAGAUGGAAACUGAAAUGUGUCUACUGUCGGAAACGGAUGAAGAAAGUGUCUGGUGCCUGCAUCCAGUGCUCCUACGAGCACUGCUCCACCUCCUUCCACGUGACCUGCGCCCACGCGGCCGGCGUGCCCAUGGAGCCGGAUGACUGGCCCUAUGUUGUGUCCAUUACCUGCUUCAAACACAAAGCAGCCAACCAGAAUAUUCAAUUUCGAAAGGAAGUGACCCUCGGGCAGACUGUGAUCACAAAGAACCGGAAUGGACUCUACUACAGAUGCAAAGUGAUUGGCAUGACCACACAGACUUUCUAUGAAGUCAACUUUGAUGAUGGUUCAUACAGUGACAACGUUUACCCAGAAAGCAUUAUUAGCAGAGACUGCAUCCAGCUGGGACCCCCUCCGGAGGGAGAGUUGGUUCAGCUGCAGUGGACGGAUGGAAUUGUCUAUAAGGCCAAGUUUAUUGCAGCCCAGAUCAGUCAGAUUUACCAGGUCGAGUUUGAGGAUGGUUCUCAACUAAUGGUUAAGCGCGGUGAUAUUUAUACCUUGGAGGAAGAGCUUCCCAAGAGAGUCAAGUCUCGCCUGUCCCUCAGCACUGGGGCCCCUCAGGACGAUGUAUUUUCGGGAGAUGAAGCGAGACCAGCCAAGCGUCCCCGGCUGGGGAAUUCAAGAAAUCCAGAAGAAUACGGACAAAACCCAGAGUACCUGGCUUUUAUGGAGAGCCUGUUGCAGGCACAAUACCAGCCUGGAACUCCAGGCAACAUGUUUUAACCAGGAUUAAUUAAAAAAUAUUAACGUUAACCCUUUUCAAGCCUAUGGAAAAAAUAAACAAGAAAUUCUGGAGUUGAAGACCAACCUUGUGCAAUAGCCUGCUGUGAAUUUCUUUCAUCUACUCUUGGUUUGGACUGCAAGAAAAUCCUGUCUGGCUGCACGCUACCUCUACUUUGCCAGGCGUUGCUGACCCAUAGAGUAGGGAGCUUGAGAACCUUUCAGACAGCGUUUCACACAGAGACUUUGAAGAGUUUGUACUAAUAGAGCUUUGGGACUGGGUCCUUUUUUUUUUUUGAGGCUUGGAAAGGGUUAAAAUUUAACAAAAUGACUUUUUAAAAUAUGUUUAACUCUUUUGUCUUUAAAGGUGCUAUUACAUUGACUACU